AUGGAAAAAGCAUAUCAACGUAAGUACUUUUAAUUUAUUUUGUUUUUUUUGCAAAAACAAGCUUUUAUAGCUUAUAAACUUCAACUUGUGUUUGGUCUACUAUAAUAUAAUGUUUUUAGGUAUAGACAGCAGUUUGCCAUUUCAAAUGUUGAACCAUUUUCAUCUUCAUUUGAGUCCGUUUAUCAUUUUUUCUCAAGUCGCUUGUUUUUACAUGAAAGUAAGUGUUUAUGCAUCAUAAAAGGAUAUUAUCAUAGGCGAAUUGCCUUCUUUUUACUGUAAUCUUUUUUUUACUGCAGUAGAUACUCAAAAAUAUUUUGUGUAAAAGUUUAAACAGAUGCUAUGGAAUAUUUUUUACUAUAAAAAAGGGGUUUUACAUUUCAGUACGAUCGUCUACAUCCAAUAUUACAAAUAGUAUGUGCUGCACUGUAUAUAGUACUGAUUACUUUGGAAUGUGUUAGGCCAUAUCUUGGCUACUAUGGUAAUUUAUCCGAAAAGGUGGGUAAAAUACGCUUCAUCACGUGUGUAAUCCUAUAUAAUCUCAUAAAAGAUAUUGAACUUUUGAAAAUUACUGUAAAGAAAGUUUUUGCCAUUUUUUGUUUUGUAAAGGAAGUUUUUGUUAUUUUUUGUUUUGUAAAGAAAGUUUUUACCAAUUUUAUGCUUUUGAACAAAUUUUUGUAAAAUAUGGUUUAAAAGUAAGAUUUUUUAAAUCUUAGAUACCACCAUUGUCAGGCUACUGUGCAGUAACAGCACUUUUCAACAUUCCAAUCAAUGUCUUCUUCUUGUUCAACCCUGAUGUGAUACAGCUUCCAUUGGAGAAAAUCGUGUUCUCUUUCACUUUGACGUUCUAUGUUCUUGAGGUAAUGUAGGGUAUGUAAGUGGGUUGGAGUAGGGGUAGGGUAAGGUAAAGACAAGGUAGAAUAGGUUAGUGUAGAGUAUGGGUAUUGGUAUAGUGAUGCCUUUUUUGAAGAGCUGACUAUUCGACGUAUUUUACCUUUUUCAGCUUAUCAUAUCAGCCAGGCUGAUUUACCGACUGUCACAAAAGCAAAUUCGAAUAAUCAAAGAACAAAUCGACAAUGAACCUCAAAUUCGGAAGAAAUCAAAGUAA